AUGCCGGCCACCGACAACCGCCGGAAGCGGAAAAUUUCGCUGACGGCGGAAGCCCCCGCCGACGAUGGCUUCGGCGACGGUGUUUUCGAAGGAGUUCUUUCGCAGAGUGAUGAUGACGACUCUGACUUCGUCGACUCUGGCUCUGGAAAUAGCGAGGCCGAAUACGAGGAAGGCGAUCUCUCUGAUGUCUCAGCGGACGAGAGCGAAGAUGCUGAAGAGACGGAGGGGAAUGAACUUGCGAAAGUGAACGGUGAUGAUGGCGACGAGCCCAAUUACAGGAUAACGACCGAUGCCAAUGGCGACGUCCGCUACGAGUACGCAGAGCUUGACCCGGUCUACGAUUCGGACGAUACGGACGCUGGCGAGCAGGCCAACACGAUUGGAAACAUCCCCCUCUCUUUCUACGACAGCUAUCCGCAUAUUGGUUACACUCUCGAUGGAAAGAAAAUCAUGCGUCCUGCUGCUGGCGAUGCCCUAGACUCGCUGUUGGACUCGAUUGAAGUCCCCAAGGACUGGACGGGUCUCACUGACCCUGCUACUGGUCUGCCUUUGCGCAUCAGCCAGGAUGAACUGGAAAUUCUAAAGAAGAUUCAAUUGAACGAAAUCCCUGAAGACGGAUAUGACCCCUAUCCUGAUCUCGUCGAAUACUUCACCAGCAUAGAGGAGAAGAUGCCUCUCAGCGCUGCCCCCGAACCCAAGCGACGCUUCGUCCCCUCCAAACACGAGGCCAAGCGAGUAGCCAAAAUGGUCCGCUUAAUCCGUGAAGGAAAGCUCUUGCCAUACAAGCCCCCGGAGGAGACGGAGAGGGAAGAGGAGGAAAAGGAAGAGGCUUGGUAUGAUGUCUGGGCCAACGAAGAGGCUAAGGAGCCCCACGUCAUGCACAUCCCUGCUCCCAAACUGGCGCCCCCGGAACACGACCUCAGCAUCAACCCACCCGAGGAGUAUUUGCCGUCAAAGGAGGAGAGGAAAGCAUGGGAGGACGAGGAGCCCGAAGAUCGCACCAAGGAGUACUUACCGACGAAGUACGAUUCGCUACGGAAGGUUCCGGCUUACAUGGACUUUACGAAAGAACGAUUCGAGAGAUGCCUCGAUCUCUACCUUGCGCCCCGUGUUCGCAAGAACAGGCUCAAUAUCGAUCCCAUGUCCCUUCUGCCCAAACUGCCCCGACCUGAAGAACUCAAGCCCUUCCCCACAUUAUGUCAAACGACCUUUAGGCUUCAUGAAGGAAGGGUCCGUAGCAUCUCCGUUAGCCCUACUGGUGAUUGGGUUGCGUCUGGUGGCGAUGAUGGUACUGUCUGCGUUUGGGACCUCAACGGGCACCUCGAAUAUCGAGUUAAGCUCAGCAGUGACGAGCCCGUUGACGUGGUGCGGUGGCGCCCGACCAAGGACACACUCAUCAUUGCUGCUGCGGCCGGAGAUGACGUCUUCAUGAUAGUACCAGACAUCGGCGUAGACAGCGUCCUCGACAAUAGCCGAGACGUGCUGGAUGCCGGUUUCGGAUAUGCUACAAACGGAAAGCAGGCGGGUGCUGGUACUACGGCCGACGGCCAAAGGACAGAGCCACCGGCGAAAUGGGCUAGACCAGGCUCGAGGCUCGAGGCGCAGGGCGUGCUGCUCAAGGCAACCUUACGAUCGAUGGUCAAGGUGUUGAGCUGGCAUAGGCGGGGCGACUUCUUCUGCACCGUGUCUCCCAACGGCCAGAGGAACGCUAUCGCGAUACACACCCUUUCAAAACACCUUACGCAGAUUCCCUUUAGACGUCUUCGAGGUCUGCCUCAGACGGCCCAUUUCCAUCCCUCAAAGCCCCUAUUCUUCGUCGCUACGAGGCAGGCUAUCCGCUGCUACGAUCUACAGCAGCAACAGCUAGUCAAGAUUCUUCAACCCGGCGCAAGACACAUCUCCUCCUUCGACAUCCACCCCGGAGGCGACAACGUUCUCGUGGGCAGCUACGACAGGAGGUUACUGUGGCACGACAUGGAUCUCUCCGCGCGGCCGUACAAGACGAUGCGGUUCCACCCGAGGGCCAUCCGCGCGGUCAAGUUCCACAAGGGAGGGUUCCCGCUGUUCGCGGACGCGAGCGACGAUGGAACGUUGCAGAUCUUCCACGGUAAGGUGGUCAGCGACUUGAUGGAGAAUGCUACAAUCGUUCCGGUGAAAAUGUUGAAAGGCCAUGAGGUCGUGGCGAGUCUGGGUGUUUUGGAUGUGGACUGGCAUACUAGCCAUCCCUGGUGUGGCAAGGGCAAGGGUAAGAAGUACGUGUGGGAGGUGUAA